GCAAGAACCACGACUAUGGACCAGUCCCACAGGAGAGACCUCGUACAAGUUUGCACAACCAACCAAUUGUUGGUUUUGCACGGUGUCAAGGAUCUUGCACAAUUACAUUACUGUAGUUAUUAUAAGCCUUUAUUAUAGCACACACAUUGAUGUAGUUCUGCUAUAGUAGUAACCGUAGUAACUGUUACUGGCUGAACUGUUUGGAAAGAUGAAGAGAGACUUGGCAAACAGCACGUCUGCAUUGAAACACUGACAUUUUGAAGUCAUCAGAAACUUGAGAUAGUCCCUGUCAAAGCUGUUAAGCACUGUGUAAAUGUGCUUGUGUUUGUCACUAUACUAUUAUUUAUUUGUUCACAUCCUUUGCGGUUAACACAGAUGUUUUAAAUUCUGAACUGUUGUUCUGGGAUGCAGAGUUCAUUAAAGCGUCCGUGCUGUCAUGUUGGGAUCCAUAAAUCUGCACAUUGUGUCUUUUUCAGAAUUUGAAUCCUCUUCUCUUUCUCUUCUCUUUUUAGACUACCGCCCUCCCAUGAUCCCUCCAAACCGAGGAGGGGGAGGAGGAGGUGCAGUCGGCGGGGGUGGUUCCUCCUCUUCGUCGACCAGCCGCACCACCACCACUCGUUCUCCUCCCUACUACACCACCCCGCGGCCUCUCCUCACCACCAUGCCGGGCCAGCGUUACCGAACCACCACCACGGUCCGCCAGCCAGUCCUGGUUCCUGCCGGCGGCUCGUCGUCUGAUACCAAUCAGAUUCCAGACACCAACCAGAAAGCCGGUGGACGCUCCCCUCCAGGGCAGGUCCCUCCAGCGGCCCCGCAGCCCCCCGCCUUGCCUCCCCAGGACUUUUGCAGUCCAAGAGUGACAGCCGACAUAUCGUGGCCCCGGACGCAGCAGGGCCAGACAGCCAAGCAGCCCUGCCCUGUUGGGACACUUGGCGUGGCCACAUACGUGUGCGUGGCCCAUUUGGGCUACUGGGAUCCUCAAGGCCCUGACCUCAGCAACUGCACGUCGCCCUGGGUCAACCAAAUCAUGCAGAAACUCCGUUCGGGUGAAACGGCGGCGCUUGUUGCCAGGGAGCUGGCGGAGCAGACCAAAGGGCUCCUGCGUCCUGGCGACGUGCCGUCUACGGUGCGAGCGAUGGCCCAACUGGUCGAACUGCUAGACGUCCAGCUCAGGAACCUCACCCCCGGGGGCAAGGACAGCGCCGCCCGCAGCCUCACCAAGCUUCAGAAGAGAGAAAGGUCCUGCAGGUUUUUCACACAGGCUAUGGUGGAGACGGUGAAUAAUUUGCUGCAGCCACGAGCCCAGACAGCAUGGAGAGAGCUGCCCACCAGCGAGCAGCUGCACUCGGCCACUCUGCUCCUCGAUACUGUGGAGACGGGGGCUUUUAUGUUAGCUGACAACCUCCUCAAGACUGACACUGUGCAGGAGACCACUGACAAUAUCCAGCUGGAAGUGGCCAGGCUGAGCACGGACGGGAACCUUGAAGACUUGACGUUCCCUCAGUCGGAGCUACAUGGAAACUCCAUCCAGCUGUCAGCCAGCACUCUCAAACAGCACGGAAGAAACGGUGAGAUCAGGAUGGCCUUUGUCCUGUACAGGAACUUGGGUUCCUACCUGUCCACAGAGAACGCCAGCGUUAGACUGAGCAGCGAGGCCGUCUACCCUAAUUACUCUGUUAUCGUCAACUCCCCGGUCAUCACAGCAUCCAUUAACAAGGAGAGCAAUAAGGUUUACCUGUCUGAGCCUGUGGUCUUCACUGUCAAACACUUGCAGCAUUCGGAAGAGAACUUCAAUCCCAACUGUUCGUUCUGGAGCUACUCCAAGCGCACCAUGACGGGAUUCUGGUCUACACAGGACUGUCGUCUGCUGGCCACCAAUCGCACACACACCAGCUGCUCCUGCACACACCUCACCAGCUUUGCGGUUCUCAUGGCCCACGUGGAGGUCAAGAAAGCAGACAGCAUGCAUGACCUGCUCCUGGACGUGAUUACGUGGGUGGGGAUCCUGUUGUCGCUGGUUUGCCUGCUUAUCUGCAUCUUCACCUUUUGCUUCUUCCGUGGGCUGCAGAGUGACCGCAACACCAUCCAUAAGAACCUCUGCAUCAGCCUCUUCAUUGCUGAGUCACUGUUCCUGGUCGGGAUCAACAGGGCCGAUCAGCCAAUUGCCUGUGCAGUUUUUGCGGCCCUGCUCCAUUUCUUCUUCUUGGCAGCCUUCACCUGGAUGUUCCUGGAAGGAGUACAGCUCUACAUCAUGCUGGUAGAGGUGUUUGAGAGCGAACACUCCAGGACUAAGUACUUCUACCUGGCAGGAUACGGAGUGCCUGCUGUCAUAGUGGCCGUCUCCGCUGCAGUGGACUACAGGAGCUACGGCACCGACCGAGUGUGCUGGCUGCGAUUGGAUACAUACUUUAUCUGGAGCUUUAUAGGCCCUGCCACACUCAUCAUUAUGCUAAAUGUGAUCUUCCUCGGUAUCGCUCUUUAUAAGAUGUUCCACCAUACAGCGAUUCUUAAACCGGACUCUGGGUGUCUGGACAACAUCAAGUCUUGGGUGAUCGGGGCCAUAGCCCUGCUGUGUCUGCUGGGCCUCACCUGGGCUUUCGGCCUGAUGUACAUCAACGAGAGCACUGUGAUCAUGGCGUACCUCUUCACCAUCUUCAACUCUCUGCAGGGCAUGUUCAUCUUCAUCUUCCACUGCAUACUGCAGAAGAAGGUGCGUAAAGAGUACGGCAAAUGUCUGCGUACUCACUGCUGCAGCGGCAAGAGCGUGGAGACGUCGAUCUCCUCCUCCAGUAAGACCACCACCUCACGGACCCCGGGCCGCUACUCCACAGGCUCACAGGUGAGCUUACCUGCCUGCACACCUGGACGCUACAGCACAGCAGACUCUCAGAGUCGUAUCAGGCGGAUGUGGAAUGACACUGUGAGGAAACAGGAGUCUUCCUUCAUCACUGGAGACAUAAACAGCUCUGCCACGCUCAACAGAGGAGCCAUGGCUAAUCAUCUUAUAACUAAUGCUCUCCUUCGUCCCCAUGGUACUAACAAUCCUUAUAACACUCUCCUGGGGGACUCGGCAGUCUAUAACAACCCAGCCGUGGGCAUGUACAACACCCAAGAGGGCAUCCUGAACAACGCAAGAGACUCCAGUGUUAUGGAUACGCUCCCUCUUAACGGUAACCAUGCCAACAACUACAGCAUGGCCAGCAGUGAGUACUUGAGUGACUGCGUCCAGAUUCUGGACCGUAGUGGCGGCUACGGCACCCACAGUAACCACAAGGAGACGACCCUGGAGAAGAAGAUCCUCAAGGAGUUAACCUCCAACUACAUCCCAUCCUACCUCAACAACCAUGAGAGGGCCACUACGGAGCGCAACCACAACCUGAUGAACAAGCUGGUCAACAGCAGUAUGGCAAAUGGAGGCAGUAUGGCAGGAAGCAGCAGCAGCAGCAGCAGUGGAGUUGGUGGGUGUGUGGGCAGCAGUAAAGAGGACAGUGGUCCCAUGGUGCUGGACAACCCUGCAGCCUUCCCCCAUGAGGAGAACCUGGGUUUGGAGAUCAUCAGAGAGGAGUCCAAUGCGCCUCUCCUGCCACCACGGCCUCCUCCACCAGACAGCCACCCACCACCUCCUCCUCCUCCUCACAGCUUCUCCAGGCCACGACGCAUUCCCCAGGAGACCAGCGAGAGCUUCUUCCCCCUGCUGACCAAUGAGCACACUGACGAGCACACGCAUUCGCCCAACCACAGAGACUCGCUGUACACCAGCAUGCCAGUGCUGACGGACCUCCCGGAUGGGCAGAUGAACGGUUUAACAGACGGAGAGGAAGACAGUUCUGGGGAGCUGCAGCCCUGUAAGAGUGCCACUGCUCCGGAGCUAGAUGACGUCUAUUAUAAGAGCAUGCCAAACUUGGGCUCCAGGAACCACCUUCACGAGCUACAGAGCUACUACCACAUGGGCCGUGGUGGCAGCGAUGGAUACAUGGUGAACGCCAACAAGGAGGAGUCUGAUUCGUCGCCUGAGGAGCCACCCAUAGACCCUUCCCACCUGGUUACCAGUCUAUAGAGCCAAUCAAAAGACUUCUAUCCCUCCCUGGCCCACUCUCACACUUCCAACCUUCCAAUGAAAAUCAUUCUGUGUUGUUGACUGACAGACUGAACUAACCUGCCCCUUGGAUUGAUGUGCUGUGAGUGACAUUAACUGUGGUUCAUAACAAUAUGGUUGAGAUAUCGCCGGUCAAAGGAAAGCAGGGACUGAAUGUAUUGUCAUAAAUGGUGCAGAUUGAGAGGGCGGUGCUAAGCGACGUUUUGUGAACAUCAAACAGGAGUAGAACUUCUAACCUGGAAAGGACAGGAAGGGGAGGGAUUCUGUAAUUUUACCCCACCUGUUAACUUUAAUUUGGAAUCUUGAGCGUAGCCCUACAAGUUCCCCAAUAUGGACCUCCAGCAGAUCAUAGCAUAUAGUUUCCACUACCACCACUACAGGGGUGUGGCCCCCAGUGCUGGUUAAAGGAGCAGUCUGUUUGUCUGUCUGUAUAUCUGUCUCUGUCUCACUUUAAAAGACACGUACUGGGAUGACGUUUCCACUUCUCCAAAGGGUAGAGCAGGAUGAUAAACUCUGGUGUUCACAACAUAAACUGGCCUCAACAAGGUCCCACCCCACUACCUGCCAAUCAAGUGGAGGAUGUAUGAUAUAUGCCCUCACUACCAAUCCCAAAAACUACUUUAUUGGGCAACCGAACUGUAACCAUAUCACUCUGAUGUUCUGAACUCUCUACCUGUUCGUAUCUGCUAAACUGGAGUUGUGUCUGGGCUGGUGUAACAUUCCUGCAAGUUGUAGUGACUGCGGCUACUGUGUAUUUCACUGAAAACAAAUAAGGAAGAUCAUAUUACAACAGACUGAAUUUCAAAAAAAAAAAAAAAAAAGAAUGGGUUCUGUUACUUAUCCUUUCUUCUGUAAAAGUUUUCAGUUAUCAAAGGAUUAUGAAGAAAUCACAAACAGUUUCUAUGUAUUGUACAGAAUACAGAUACAGAUUCAAAUGUUGCAUAUGACCAAGUCCUAUUUUUUAAUUUUAAGUUGCAAACCUUUUGUCUGUGGAAAUGUUCUGAACUGUCAUGAUAUGUUCUGGUCACAUGUAGACUACAGAACGAGCAAGGAACAAUCUUUCAUGUCACUCUUUCAUAAAUACAGAGACAGUUAAGCACUCCUUAAUCAAUACACAUAUACCCCACGCACACUUCAUUCCGGUCCUUUUAUAGCAACACCACUGUCACUUACAUUUUGCAAAUUAAUUGUUACUAUAUACUUUACCACUGUGUAGAUUUAAAUUUAUGGGAAAAUGAAGUGGCUAAGUUACGAAGGAGAUGGUUGCUAUGGAAAUGCUACGUUUAAGCCUUUACAGGAAGUGGAUUUCAUUUGUUGUUGAUUAAAGCAUUUCCUUCCUUUAGGAGGAGACACCAGUUAUUUUGAGUAACAUAAGAACGGUAUAUGAAGCAUAUCCUCUCUAUUGCCAAAUAGUCUACCAAUUGACAUUACCUUGCUGUGCUGGUUGAGAUCUUAUUGUACAGAAAAAGAAUGCUGAGAAUAAUAAACGUCAUUCUCUAAACUAAAAAAUAAAUAAAAUUUCCACUAUUUGAAAAGAGGUGGGUCCCACCUGUGAAAUGCCAUGAUUUUACACCAUAUAUGUGUACUGAAGAUGUGAAAACUGCACACAGCAGCACUGUCUAAUGUGGAAAGCCAAUGUUUACUUAUUUAGGAGGGAAAAUUCAUAAGUGUAUGAAGUGUAGCUUGCACAUGUAUCCCACAAGCCCCAUCCAUGUCCCCAAGAGAGAAAUUAUUUAUUUAUCUGUUUAUUGGUUUAAAGACAGCAAAACAAGCUUGGAGGAAAGAAAGCUGACUUUAGGCAGGAGUAAAUAAAGUGGCACUGGGUUUGUUUUUUGUUUCUUUUUUUAAAUUAUUAUGAUCAUGAUUAUUAUUACAAUAUUAUUGCUAAUUAUUUAUUCUUUUUGUAUGGGUUCCAAGUUGAAUGAUCUCAUAACUAAUAUUUGUUGUAACAGUGAAAGUUGUUUGCCAACAAAUAAAUU